AGAGAGAGACCUUUGUCUGUCUGUCCCUGCCCAGGCCGCGUCCGAGAUGGUGAAGCUGUUCAUCGGCAACCUGCCCCGGGAGGCCACCGAGCAGGAGAUCCGCGCCCUGUUCGAGCAGUACGGGAAGGUGCUGGAAUGUGACAUCAUCAAGAACUACGGCUUCGUGCACAUCGAGGACAAGACGGCGGCCGAGGACGCCAUCCGCAACCUGCACCACUACAAGCUGCACGGCGUCAACAUCAACGUGGAGGCCAGCAAGAACAAGAGCAAGACCUCCACCAAGCUGCACGUGGGCAACAUCAGCCCCACCUGCACCAACAAGGAGCUGCGCGCCAAGUUCGAGGAGUACGGGCCGGUCAUCGAGUGCGACAUCGUCAAAGACUACGCCUUCGUGCACAUGGAGCGCGCCGAGGACGCGGUGGAGGCCAUCCGGGGCCUCGACAACACCGAGUUUCAAGUCCGCAUCGGAGCCACAUUCAUUGGAAAGUCUUGGAUGGAAUUUAGCUUACUGGGAACUGGAAAAGUUUCUGCUUUUCGCUGCUAAGGCGAAACCGGCCAGUCCUUCCAAAGCAAAUAUCCAGUGAGACCUCAGUUAUGCCAAAUUUGGGAGCGUCCUUCAUCCUCUCUGACUGACUUAGGGCCACAUCAGGCCGAACUUAGCCUCUGCUUUAGCUUCGAAACCACAGCCAUGUUGUCCAGCUCGAUUCCGCCAGCCACGUUCGCAGGUGUUCCUGAGCUAUGCUGGUUCCACAAGUCAUGCCUGGCUCACCGUCUGCUUCCCCUCCAGGACCACUACAAACGUCCAGAUCUCAACCCCACCCCACAUUUUUCUUUCCGGCAAGAGUGAAUCCUUGCCUAUUAUGGGGGGAAACUGAGCAGGGUCUCUCAACAGCAGUGAUCAGAAAGCUGGAGCAGCAGUUGUUAGGGACAAUGUUCACCCACUGUGUCCCCUCUGCCCGAAGGCUUUGGGCACCCAUACAAACAGGCCACAUCCACACUUCCAGGAAAUAACCAGCUUAGGAGAGCAACAGUCUUUGGCCUGGGCCCGUGAACUCUCCAAGCCCAAGGACCCUUACUGGGGAAAGCAUUGAAGCCUUUAAAAGCAGUUUGGAAAAAGGAUUCUUGGCAGUGAUUAGUCCCAAACUGCCCAAGACUUUGGAGAUCCAAUCAAAGCUCCCCACAUUGUAGCCAAGAGGCAGCCAGUAUAGACACAGAAAACAGGAGCUUCGAGUCACUCUCGCAGGCUGCUCAGAACAAAUCCCCCCUCCGCGUUCAACCAGUUGCUCUCUCUGUAACAGACCUUGUUUUGGAUGCAGCUAUGCGAUAGGAGGCCUCGUGCUCCACCAUCCUGUUGGAAACAGCCCGAUUCAGGACGGCGGCAGCCAGAACAGCGCCCUGCACUGGCCCUGAGAGGGGAGCGGGUUAGUGCAGUCAUACCACUUUAGUCAAACUCAGUUCUGCCCAGUGUCGAAGAUUCCUGCCACCCCAGCCUCUAGUGGUUGCCACCUCCACUUUAACUGCUUAGUAGAAACUGGUACUUGGCUUUUGACUUCCAGCUGCUAAGGGAAGGUGGCAGCACCCACCACCACCACCACCUGGCUGACAGCACAUGACAACGGUUCUCUGAAAGCAUCAUUUAGCUAACCUGCUGUUUGCAGAUUUUAAAACUCCCAUUCGCGUUCUUAGAAGUCAGAAACAGCUAUGGACUAUGCUUAGAACAGAAACACAGACUUUUGCCCCAAUUUAUAUCCCAAAUGUAGAGUUCCCCUAAUUUUGACUGGAGGACUGUAAGUUACUUGGCUCUCAAACACUGCUGGUGACAUUAAUCUGUGUGACAGACAUGGACUGCUCUGAUUCUGAAGUUCGAGUUACUGUCCCAAGCUACAAAGCAGCCAACCCAGAAACCUAGAAGCACAUUUUUAAGGGGAACAAGUCGAUCUAAUAAAACCCAGGAGCUGCCCUGAUAGUUCUGUUGCUUUAGCCGAUCUUCUCUAGAGAGUAAAACAUAACUUCAUAAGUGUAAACACGUGCGUGCGUAUGUGUAUGCAUGCGUGUGUGCGAGAGAGAGAGAGAGAGAGAAGCGUGGGGGCAAUCUUGUGUAGUAGAUCUGAAAAGGAUUCAUGUACAACCUAGCAGGAAAAUGCCUAUAAGUAAUAGCAUUUUAUUUUAGUUUUUUUUUUUUUGGCACCAGGGUUAUCGCCUACACACAAACCCCCAACUCCCUGUGGACAUUUCUCCUUUUUCUAUGUUAGGAUGGAGAGAUUGAGAGAGGAAGGGGAGAUAAAGACGGAUAUGCCACCAACCUUUUCCAGGCGGUAGCACAGAGGGUUAGCCACAUGGCGCGAAGCCCAAGGACUGGCCCAAGGAGUCUGGUCGAGCCCCCGGCUCGCCACCUGCAGGGGGGUCACUUCACACGCGGUGAAGCAGGUCUGCAGGCGUCUCCCUAUCUCUCUUCUCUCUCCAUUUCUCUAUCCUACAAUAACAAUCAAAAUAAGGGUAACAAAACGGGGAAGAUGGCCUCCAGGAGCAGUGGACUCAGCGAUAGCCCUGAGGGAAAGGAAAGGAGAAAGGCAGUAUUAGCGCGCCUCUCAUGAAGCCUCCGCUCUGCAGGGGGGGGCAGAGGCUGGGACCUGGGUCCCUAAACAUGGCAGCAUGUGUUCAAAGGACUUGCCUCCUUUUCACACACUUUCUCCAAAGGAUACAACUAAGCGUUUAAUUUAAAGUCUUUUUCCAAGAAUUUUUUUUAAAGAUGUUAUUUAUUAAUGAGAAAUACAGGAGGAGAGAAAGAACCAGACAUGACUGGUACAUGUGCUGCCGGGGACUGAACUCGGGACCUUAUGCUUGAGAGGUCAAUGACUUAUCCAUUGUGCCACACCUCCUGGGCCACCCUGAAGUCUUUAUGAUAAUGGAAAAGUAGCCUAUUUCUUCAUUACCUUAAGGAACCAGGGCAAAGUGAAAGGAUAAAUUCUGUCAUUCCGUGACUCUUGGAGAGGCUUUGAGAUUUUCUGAGAACUACAAGUUUCUGAAAUAUGCCACCAACCUUUUCCAGAAAAGUGGCUCCAAGUUCUCAAGAUGAAUCAGUGUUGCCAAGUGGGCAGCCAGAAGUUGGCAGCGCCCCAAUUCAAGUGUGUUCACAAAGACACCUGUUGCCAGUUCACCUCCAGAAUUCUUACUUGGCCGUAGCUGCGUUUGCUCUUAUGAUGCAACAAACUAACAGCAAUUCAACUCACUGCUGCUGCAGAUCCGCAGGUCCUGGUGCUCCCUUUCACAAAGCCAUACAGUGCGGAAGCAUUCAAGGUCCAGGAGGUUCCCAAGGCAGCUGGCUCUCUGAAGAAGCUAACCAUGGUGGCUGGGUAAUUAGCUCAAAUGGCAGAAUGACAGGCUGGUUCCUGGUUCAGUUCCUAGCACUACACAUAUCUACAUGGAGCUCUGGCUUUUCUUUGCCUCAGGAAUCUCUCUCAUAUGUAAUAAAUGAAUAUUAAAAAAAAAAAAAAGACAAGCUGACUUGGGGGAAAUAACUACUCAUUUCUGGCAGCAGGUUAUAGAUCAGUGGUAGAGCACGCACCUUCCCAUGUGCAGGGACCCAGGUUUGAGCCCCCACACACCACACGGGAACAGCGUGAAUAGGAGAAACAUGAGUGGUGCAGUGGAACUGUAGUGUCUGUCUCUCUCUUACUCUCUAUUAAAAAAAAAAAAAAUGUUGACCAGUCAACGCCCAUGUUCAGCCGGGAAGCAAUGACAGAAGCCAGACCUUCCACCUUCUGCAACCCACAAUGACCCUGGGUCCAUGCUCCCAGAGGGAUAGAGAAUGGGAAAGCUAUGAGGGGAGGGGGUGGGAUAUGGAGAUUGGGUGGCGGGAAUUGUGUGGAGUUGUACCCCUCCUAUCCUACGGUUUUGUUAAUGUCUCCUUUCUUAAAUAAAUAAACAACUUUGGAAAAAAUAAAACAUUUAAAGCACUGUCCAGUC